GCGCGCCCCGCGCCUCCAGCCCAGCGCUCGGAGCGGCUUUCGUUGCCACUGUCUGCUCCCCGGGGCCGCUGCCUUCUCCAAGCUUGGGGUUCUGUCCGCUGGGCCGCUUGCCCCGAGGCAGGAAGACGAGUUCGAGGAGGAUGCCUGGGCCCGUCGCUCGCGGCCCCGGGUGAAGCAGGCCCGCGCCGGCCGGCGCCAUGGAAAGGAGAGGGAACUACAGUUGCCCCCCGCCGGCAUGCGCACCUAUUGAGCCCCGCCGCAGGCAGCCCCCGGCCGCAGGUCCUCGAGUGACACUGGCGGCACCUGGGAGCGUGGCGCGGCCCCGGGGCCACGCCGAGGAGCCCAGCGUUCAGUAAAGCUGACGAGGACCUGCCGCUUGCGCCGCAGCCAUGGUGAUGUCCCAGGGCACCUACACGUUCCUCACGUGCUUCGCCGGCUUCUGGCUCAUCUGGGGUCUCAUCGUCCUGCUCUGCUGCUUCUGCAGCUUCCUGCGCCGCCGCCUCAAACGGCGCCAGGAGGAGCGACUGAGGGAGCAGAACCUGCGCGCCCUGGAGCUGGAGCCCCUCGAGCUUGAGGGCAGCCUGGCUGGAAGUCCUCCGGGCCUGGCGCCGCCACCGCCACCGCACCGCAGCCGUCUGGAGGCGCCUGUGCACGCGCACUCGCACGUGCACGUGCACCCUCUGCUGCACCACGGGCCGGCGCAGCCGCACGCGCACCCGCACCCACACCAUCACGCACUGCCGCACCCACCGCCGUCGCACCUCUCCGUGCCGCCCCGGCCCUGGAGCUAUCCGCGCCAAGCGGAAUCGGACAUGUCUAAGCCGCCGUGCUACGAGGAGGCGGUGCUGAUGGCCGAGCCGCCGCCGCCCUACAGCGAGGUGCUCACGGACACUCGCGGCCUCUACCGCAAGAUCGUCACGCCCUUUCUGAGCCGCCGCGACAGCGCGGAGAAGCAGGAGCAGCCGCCUCCGAGUUACAAGCCUCUCUUCCUGGACCGGGGCUAUACCUCGGCGCUGCAUCUUCCCAGCGCCCCGCGGCCCGCCGCCCCCUGCCCUGCCCUCUGUCUGCAGGCGGACCGCAGCCGCCGUGUCUUCCCCAGCUGGACCGACUCAGAGCUCAGCAGCCGAGAGCCCCUGGAGCACGGAGCUUGGCGCCUGCCCGUCUCCAUCCCCUUGUUCGGGAGGACUACAGCCGUAUAGAGGGGCGCCCGGCGUCCCGAGCCCCACGGGCGAACUCCUAGCCUGACUGCGAGGCUUUUUAAAUGCUUCCCUUGGACUGCAGGGAGGGGUGGGGGGAGGGAGGGAUUUCUUACCCUGUUUGUUACAUUUUGAGGAUAAUAAAGGUGUGUGAUCUGCUUUGGUACAA